AUGAAAGAAGCUGGUAUAAAAGCAAAAUCUAGCAAAUGCAAAUUUUUUGAAGAGUCAGUAACUUACUUGGGACAUACAAUCGACCGAAUUGGAAUACAUCCUACCGAAGAAAAAAUAAAAGCCAUACGAGAGGCACGGUCACCUACUAAUGUCAAGGAACUCCGAUCAUUUUUAGGUUCUAUUAACUACUAUGAACGAUUUAUUCCGGGACUUCAUGCCAUUUGUAGUGAUCUCCAUAAGCUGACUGGAACUAAAUCUAAAUGGAAAUGGUCUGAACAAGAAGAGGUGACGUUUAAAAGAGUAAAGGAAAUUCUAUCAAGUAAAGACACAGUAGUACCAUAUGAAGAAAUGAGACCAUUAAUAAUGGUCUGUGAUGCAUCAGAAAAUGGAUUGGGAAGUGUACUAAUGCACAGAUUCGAAAAUGGACUAGAAAGACCAAUUGCUUUUGCAAGUCGCACUCUACUGCCUGCUGAGAAACAAUAUUCAAAUAUCGACAGAGAAGCACUAGCUAUUAUCUUUGGACUCAGGAAAUUCCAUCAAUAUGUAUAUGGUCGGAAGUUCACUUUGGUAACUGACCACAAACCUCUACAACGGAUAUUUGGAAAAAUGCGAGAUCUCCCAAAAGUUGUAAAUAGCCGUUUAGUGAGGUGGGCUCUUCAGUUGAAUCAAUACAACUAUGACAUAGAGUACAGAAAAGGAGAAGAUAACGUGUGUGCUGACGUUCUAUCAAGACUUCCGAUUGAAGAAGAUCAACCUGAGGAGGCUCACAUUGGUUUUUUGAAUGUUGAUAAGGUUAACACUAUCAUGUCUUAUGACCUAUUAAAACAAAAUUCAUUGACAGAUAAAGCUAUUAGAAUGGCAAAAAACUUUACAUUGAGGAAUACAUGGCCCUCUGUUGUUCCUGAAAUGUUAAAGUCGUACAAACAGAGAAAAGAUGAAUUGAAUGUUGAAGAUGAUAUAUUAUUGUGGUUUGGAAGAAUCGUAGUUCCAGAAUGCAUGAGAACUGAUGUUCUGAAGAUAUUGCAUGCAGGACAUCCUGGUAUUGCAUCAAUGAGGUCUGUUGCGCGACACUAUGUGUGGUGGCCCAACAUGGAUAAAGAUAUCGAAGUUUAUAUCAAGAAGUGUACAUCUUGUCAAGAGAAUAGAGAUAAUGUGGAAGAAGUACCAUUAUAUCCUUGGAAUGUACCUGAUAGAGUUUGGGAAAGGGUACACAUUGAUCUAGCAGGGCCAGUCAACGGAUCUAUGUGGUUGGUAGGUAUUGAUGCGUUGUCUAAGUGGGCAGAAGUGAACUGUCUUAAGACAACAAACUCUUAUACAAUCAUUCAACGAUUAAGAUCUUGGUUUAGUCGAUAUGGAUUACCAAGUGAAAUCGUGACAGACAACGGACCUCAAUUUGUGUCAAAGGAAAUUGAAACAUUCUUCCAGAAAAAUUCUAUCAACCACAUAAAAACAACUCCAUACCAUCCUAAAAGUAAUGGACUUGUUGAAAGACUAAUUCGUACAUUGAAAAGACGGUACUACACAACAAAGCAGGAGGUCGGAGAUGGAAUGCUAGCUCUUCAAAAUGUUCUUUUUAGCUACAGAAACUCGCCUCAGAAAACAACCGGUAGGGCUCCGGCAGAAUUGUUUCUCGGUCGUAGACUACCAACAAUUUUUGACAAUAUGAAACCUAAUCUUAGGAAAAAGAUGGAAAUGAAGCUUUGGAAAGAACAAGGGAGAGACAACAGGAAAGUUCGAACUUUUGAAGAAGGAGAAGAUGUGUGGAUUAAGAAUAAACAUGGAAAUGGUUGGUCAGCUGGAAUGGUGAAAAAUAGAAAUGGAUUGUAUUCAUAUGAUGUACUUUGUGGAGGUGUUAUAAAAAGAAAGCAUGCCAACCAGAUGAGACAAAGAAUGGGAGCUGUAGAAUCUGCGUAA